UGAUUUUCAUGCAGGUUACCCUCACACAACUAAAUGUUGCAUGAAAUUCCAGCCUGAAAAUUUGAAGGCGUGGUUUGCAGUCAGCUGUUUAUUGGUUUGCAUGAAAUUCAUGGAACACCCGCAUGAAAACUGAUACGGAAAAAUUCCGCACACCUUUUCAUGCAACAAUGUGGUGAAAAGUUUGUUAGUGUUAGUUGAGAUGAUUGAGAGGUUACAUGAAUUUCCCGUCUGAAAAUUUUUCGAGACUUGCCGAUCACAAGCCUGCUCAGUUGGCCUUGCUUCGUGACUUGCGACGGGUGUGUUUUUAUAAAGAAGUUGAGAGUUGAACUUCACGCGUGGACUCUAACCAUCAUAAGAUUUUCCGGUGCUUCCGUCAAGAUCGUCUCACUCGAUGCGGACAAACCGCUGGAGCAGCAAACCGAGCGCAAAGUUACAAUCGUCGGCACGCCGGAAGCCUAGUGGAAGGCCCAGAAUCUAAUGCGGGAAGACGGCUUCGUGUCCGGCACCGACGACGUGAGAUUCACCGUGGAGAUCUUGGUGCCGAGUGCGCAGGUCGGACGCAUCAUCGGCAAGGGUGGCCAGAACGUGCGCGAGCUGCAGCGGGUCACCGUAAGCAUAAUCAAACAACCCGAGCACACGGCCGCGAUGCACGUCCACACGUCACACGUCGAAAAAAAUAAUGGAUUGCAUUCAAAUUGAACACGUAUGGGAUGAUUGCAAA